AUGGACAUUAUCAAGAACUUGAACAAAUACUACGUGUUUCAAUAUGAUAUUCGCUCUGCCGACCAGUUCUACCGGGAAAUGAUAGUUCGCGUUUACAAACUUUCCAGAUUGAUGGGAAUAAACUUUACGGAUAGAGAAUUCAGCGUCUUCAAUGCAGUCUUUUUGCUUGCAGUAGUUUUUCAUGGAAUGUAUGUUUACGUAUUUUCCACGUCAAUGUAUUACUACCAGGACGAUGUUAAAAAAGUAUUGCUCAAUGUGACCACCGUCGGGUUUUCAAUUCAGAUGAUGGCAAAGCUUUAUUUAUUUGUAUACAACCGUCUAAAAGUUAUCAGUUUAUGCGAACUGAAUAACAAAUAUUUUGAGGAGCACCAUUCACGCAGUAAGGCUGUAAAAGAUGCCCUUUUUAAAAAUGCUAAGUUGACAUACGUUCUGCUACAGUUGGCCGCAAUGUUUCCAUCAGUUGUAAUGUUCUUGGUGGUGACUUUUUCAAUACUGUACACACUGAUCACAUCGAAUAAGUUGCUGCCAUUUGGGUUCGAGUGGAUGCAUUCCGACACGUGGACCGCCUACAAUGUCAACAUUCUGUUUCAAAUCGUUUUAUUGGUCUAUGUCGUAUUGGCCACUGUAGGCAGUGAUGCUAUUUUUAUUUUAUUCCUGUUGGUUGGCUCUGGACAAGUGGAUGCCAUUACAGCAAUGUUGCAAGAUUUGAAUGCCAUGAUCGAGAAUGACAUCACUGAAGAGCAAGUUACAGAACAGCUUAGGGAAAUAAUCAAACUUCAUCAACAUCUUACUUUGUAUAUGGCGAAGAUGGAGGACUCAUUCAAAGAAUAUUUUUUGAUUACAUUGGCAGCACUAUCGUUCUGUAUGAUAGUUUCAUUGUGUGCAGUUCUAGUAAUUGGAUGGGUCAUGGGAAUUGCGGUAAUUUUAUUUGCAUCAAGUCAAUUAUUUUACGUUUGUUGCCUCGGUACAUUCUGGCAGAUCAAGUGCGACGAAUUGCUUAUUGAAGUAUGGACACUGAAGUGGUAUAAGCUAUCAUUGCGCAAUGAAAAAGCGUUCCUCAUGAUGCUGAGUGCAUCACAAGUCCCUUUAAAUCUCACAGCAAUAUUCACAUCUCUUGAUAUGUCUGCGUAUCUCAAUAUUCAUAAAACCUUGUACUCCAUUUGUAUGAUCCUCAUUCAGAGUACAAAAUAG